AUGGCCACCAAGACACUCGAAGCUCGAUUUGAGCACUUGUCUGUCAAAGAUGAAAAGGAGGCUGGAACCGACCGCACUUAUGGCAAGCACAAGGGCUCCCUCUCGACAGCCAUGUCUCUAUCCGGUCUUGGAGGUUCGGCGCAAAUGAACAACUCCAACCGGGCUCACCUAUUGAAAUUGGCCCUUCAAAACACCAAUGAUAGCAAGGUGAAUUCUAUGAAUGUUCCUGCGUCACCGGGCAAGGGCUCGCAAACCUUGGUCACCCGAAACACGGACGAAAAUGGAGACCAGCGUAGCGUGGCCCCCCUUUAUGAUCAGCCCCGACAGCUGCACCUUGGUAUGUUUGAGAUCGGCAAACCUCUUGGAAAGGGUAAAUUUGGCCGUGUCUACCUUGCCAAAGAGCGCUCCUCGGGCUUCGUGUGCGCUCUGAAAGUGCUACACAAAUCGGAACUCCAGCAGGGUGGUGUGCAAAAGCAAGUCCGCCGUGAGAUUGAGAUCCAGAGUAACCUGCGUCAUCCCAAUGUCUUGAGGCUCUAUGGUCAUUUCCAUGACAGCAAGCGUAUUUUCCUGAUUCUCGAAUUUGCCGGUCGCGGGGAACUGUACAAGCACCUUCGCAAGGAGAACCGCUUCCCCGAGUGGAAGGCGGCCCAAUAUAUAGCCCAGAUGGCAGCGGCGCUGAAGUAUUUGCACAAGAAGCAUGUGAUGCACCGGGAUAUCAAGCCCGAGAACAUCCUGGUCGGCAUUCAUGGAGAGAUCAAGAUCAGUGAUUUUGACGAUGUGUGGAACACUCGACUACCUCCCCCGGAGAUGUUGAACCCUGGAUCCCAGGACAAGUGCUACAGUGAGAAAGUUGAUCUGUGGAGUCUUGGAGUUCUGACCUACGAGUUCCUGGUUGGAGAGGCACCCUUCGAAGAUACUCCCAUCAUGACACGACGACGAAUUACCAAGGGAGACAUGUCCGUGCCGUCUUUUGUCAGCCCAGAAGCAAAGGACCUGAUCAAAAGACUGCUUGUUCUUGACCCGGAGAAGCGCAUUCCUCUUGAUGAAAUCCAGCGUCACCCCUGGAUUGUCAAGCAUUGCACCAAAGACGCCAAGCGGAGCUCUGGUUCGUCAAAGGAUGGUAGGGCAUGA